AUUUAUCAUCGACCUUUCUGAGCAACAAUGCUAUGCCGUUAGUAGAUGUUUGAGAUACAGUUGUAUGAAAUUAAAUUUGACAAAUCCUUAAACUUUGAUUUUCAGUGCUGCAAGAACGACCGUUUUCUUCUAAGCAGCUAAAUAUUUAUAACAAAUAUUCAAAUAUUCAUGGGGGAAAGUGCUACACAUUUUUUAUACCAAUCGGCUAAUAGAUAUUGAAGAAUUAUUCACUUCUGUUAUUACAAUAUUGCUAAAGGACAAUAUCGUUAUUAUUCUCAUAAUAGGUGUCAAGUUUUAUGGAUUGAUGCAAUUGACUUAACUUUCUAUCAAUUUGUAAAAGAUGUUCCAAGUAAUGACCCAAUUUCAUUGUACGAUUAACGGAUUUUGAGCCGCUUCGUUCGUUUGGUGAUUUGGUCAAAAAGACAAAGAUGGCGCCACUUUAUCUGCGAAGUCAAGAACCGUGCAAUGAAACGUAGAAGUCCACUCGGAAAAUAUGUAUGUACCUAGAUACUAGAAGAAACACGCGAAGUUCUUGCCAAUAAAUUACAUAAGCGGCUGAUCUUGGUUUUUGACCCUGAAUAAGAGGGUGAGAAGGAAGCGAUCAUACAAAAUAUACGGUCUCGAGUUGUCAGAAAAAAAGAGACGGAAUAUUGAAGGCUCUGUGGACUUACGUCCAUGUAUACAAAUAAAAAAGGUCGUAGCGUUGGCAAACGUGCUCCUUAUUACGUAUCGUUCCGCAUAGUUUUCGUAGUCGAAAACCGUGAGAUUACGGAUGAAAGAAGACGCAAAAAAGAUUGCUAAUUUUGAGAAAUGUUGCCGAGAAUGAGUGAUGGGGAAAAUCGGCUACUGGAUGAAAAUCAGUGGAAAAACGAAGCUCAGGCUGUUAUUAAUGACGUGAAGAGACACGUGCGUGACAUUGGGUUAUCUGAAAAACUGCGAAGUACCAACAGUUUUAUCUACUUGAAUUUAACUACUUUGGAAGGAUUCAAGUACUGUGUAGAGCUUUCGGGCGCUGGUUUCACCAUUGUUGGCAAUCAACACGACGAUACCUCGAACAGAGGAAACGAACGGUUCGAGACACCUUACAGCUUGUUGAAUUAUGUCAGCCCACUGUACGAAAAUUCAUUUGGCAAUUUGCUUUUUGACAAACUCAAGGAACUUGCAGAUAAAGAGUAAAUAAAGACUUUCUCAGAAAAUAA